AUGGAAUCGGUCCAGGUACAGCACGCAGAAGCUUACGGCCCGCAGUCCUAUCCACCAUAUUUCCACAACUUGAAGGCAGCGUCCAACAGUCCAUUGCAUAUCGCCAGCGAAUGGGGCGACGAGCCAGAUGAGCUGCCGCUGAAACUGAAGGUUUCGGCCACGAUGGUGGAAACGCCGUCGAAGAGGGUCCAGGCAGUGCACCUUCUUACUCCAGGCAAGUCCAAUAGCUCUCCAGCGCAUGGAACGACGAAUCUCAAGUUUGGGCUUUCUACGGCCGAUCUGGCGGCUCCAUCACCGCCUCCAGUGACGAAAGUGGGCAAAACAGUACAGCCUGUGGAUGUGCUUUGGGCCAUGCUUAAUGAUAUCGUGGGUAAGGAUAAGAUGGCCAAGUUUGGCCAGUAUACGUUAAGGUUGUUGUUGUUUCAUCUGAAAAAUACCCAGCAAUGGCUCAGCGACGAGAUGGUCAAUAUCAAACUGAUCAACCGUACUUACGCCAAUACUGAACGGAUCAUGGACUUGGUGAUGAACUUCUUACAGAACCCACAAGGCUUUGCUAGAGUGCUAAUAAUUCUCAUCUGCUCCGUGUUCAACCUGCGCUUCGAAGCAGUGGUGCCUGCCUUGGGUAUCUACAGACAGUUUCUCCGUUUUGGAAAAUCGCCCUUUCGCAUACGUAACUUGUACGGCAAGUUUCGAGAACUGGUUGACUGGAGCUCGUCCAAAUGGCACUUCAGCCCCAAACUAUUUCUGAACGCCACGUUGGGUGAACUCAUAUCGCUAUACUACUCUGUCAAUGACGAGUCUAUUCUAAUGUCUAAACUUGGGCUCUUAAAGAACCCUACCGUCAAGAGCUUUGUCUCUCGCCACGAGUCCUACGCCUGGUACUGUGAGUCGUGGUUUGCGCUUUACAAUGCAUACAGCAACCUCCAGCAUUUACGGCAACAAGAGAUGGAUGUGAAGAUCCAGAUCCAGGUGAAGAAGCGUGCUCGUGCUAUUUCCAAGCAGCUUCUAGGCGGCGGGUCCGUACACAAUCCUAUACCCAGCUUAUCCAGCUCUAAUCUAGACGAUGACUCCAAGGAUACCAUUGCACUCAAGGAAAUCAUGUUUAAAAAGACGAACGCACACAUUGAUAUUUAUAAGACGCUCUCUGACAUUGUGUUCAAUUCAUACACAGUGUGGGGCAUGGCACUUCACUUCGACACCGUCCAGAUCUGGAUGGGCAUCAGUGCAUCGUUCCUCAGUUCCGUCAAAUUGUACAGAGAAAAGAAGAAGGAGUUGGUGAGCAACCGUAAGACCUGA